CAAUGGUCGAUACCUGAAACCUAAAGAACUUUGUCCUGACUCAACAACAAAAUACAUCCGAUCCCCAACUCUCUCCCAAGCAAGGCAAAAAAUUGAAUCCUUCAACUUCAGUAACCCCAAAAACCUUAUUAUCCACUGCGGAACUAAUGAUAUCGAACAACCCGGAAAAAACACUAUAACCGAAACCCUAGAAAUUGUGGAUUUAGUCAAACAAAAACAUCCAAACUGCAGAAUUCUAGUAUCCUCAUUAUUAUCAAGAAAGGAUGAACUUAACAACAAAGUACCAACGAUUAAUGAAGAACUUAAAACCAGACUUUCCUCCAAAACAAAAACCACUUAUAUCCAGCAUACCAAUAUAUCUAGUCCUGACCUACACGACAAGAAGCACUUGAACGAAAGGGGUGUUAAAAAAUUUGCGAAAAACAUUAAAGCGGCUUACUUUAACACCACACCUAAAAAGAAAGAAAUGAACAAAAAAUAUCCCCCAAGAGAUAUCCACAACCAAAACUUCCCACAACACAUGAGAACACAACCUUUCCAAUUUGGCCGCAACAACAUAUACCCACUGUUCACCCCCAUCAUAUCAACACCAAGUUCACCCCCAUCUUACCAACAUCGUAUCAACACUCAACAUAUCAACAAAGAAACCGGACCACCCCCUCCCUCAUUUCGCCAAGAUAACCGAAUAAACACUCUACCACCUCAACUGGUUGGCCUGAUAAGACAACUCUAUGGAUGCCUUAGCAUAUAA